CACUCUCUCUGUCUAAGCUAGUGUGAACUGAGUUGAAGAAGCGCUUACAAAAAAAAGAACUGAGAGCAUUUUCUAAAGGUUGGAUAAGGAUUGCUCUGGACAGGGGUUUAAUUCUUCUUUCAGAAGGCAUUGAAGACGGUCACCACAUGCUGGUAGACACUGCCGUCUGCCGGUGGAAAACUAUAUUUACAAGUUAAAUCAGUCCUCGUAAAAAAGUUCAGUUGGUAUGGAUAGACCUCAGUCGGGUACGCCCUUAUUCUAGCAGCAAAAUCGAAAUACACACGGCGCGCCCAAGGUGGACAACCGCUCAAGUCAUUUGACUUAAGCCGCCACUCCUUAAAGACCUGCCAGGGAGUGAAGGAUCGCAGCUCUGCUCACAAAGAACCUGGAGCUCCCUAAGACCUGGGUCCUCGUGUAGUUCUGGUUCUGCUUCAAGGUGAUCUUGCCCACGCUAGGUCACCGGUCGGAUCUCGGGAAGAACAUAAAGACUUCAGAGCCGUCAAAUUCUUUGGCACUCUCUUGAGUCUCUUCCGACUUAGGUUGCCUCAGAUACUUCUGAAUGCCCGGAUACUAAACAGUUCCAAAUACUACUUUGAAACUUCGGAAGAUAAUAAUAAUAAUAAUAAUAAUAAUUAAUAACAAAAAUAUAUAAAAAAAUAAUAAUAAUAUAUUUAAUUUGUAGAGCAAAAAUCUUAGACUUAAAGGAAGACUUAGGAACUCGCGGAGACUUCGAUCCCGCGAAGACUUUGGAACUCGCAAACACUUCGGAACUCACAAAGACCUUGCAAAAAAAGACUUCAGUUAAGAUCUUUGUGUCAAAGGGGAUCUUCGCUCCGCAGCGUUUUACAGGAAGAGGAAGGGAGUGGGUGCCGAGAUGCUUCUGGCCGCGUUGAGGGGCAUCGGCAAGCAGCUCCUGAGGGUCAAGGUGGUGGACUGCAACGCCGAGGACAGCCGCCUGGCCCGAUGCCUCAACACCUUCGACCUGGUGGCCCUGGGCGUGGGCAGCACGCUGGGCGCCGGCGUCUACGUGCUGGCGGGCGCCGUGGCGCGAGACAACUCGGGGCCGGCCAUCGUCCUGUCCUUCCUCAUCGCCGCCAUGGCGUCCGUCCUGGCCGGCUUGUGCUACGCCGAGUUCGGCGCUCGAGUCCCCAAGACGGGCUCCGCCUACCUGUACAGCUACGUGACGGUCGGGGAGCUCUGGGCCUUCAUCACAGGGUGGAACCUCAUCUUGUCCUACAUCAUCGGUGAGCGUCCGCUCCUCAGCGUGUCCGACCUGCUGCCGCUGAAGGAGAGCCUGGGUCAGGGGGGCUUCAUGCCCUUUGGGUUCACCGGGGGGGUCCUGUCCGGCGCCGCCACCUGCUUCUACGCCUUCAUCGGCUUCGACUGCAUCGCCACCCACAGGUGAGCCGGGGAGGAGGUGAAGAACCCGCAGCGGGCCAUUCCCAUCGGCAUCGUGUCCUCGCUGCUCAUCUGCUUCGUGACGUACUUCUGCGUGUCGGCGGCCCUCACGCUCAUGUUGCCCUACUACCUGCUGGGACGAGGCAGCCCGCUGCCCGUGCCGUGGCCCUUCUCCUACGUGGGCUGGGCGGGGGCCAACUACGCCGUUGCCAUCGGAUCCCUGUGUGCCCUGUCCACCAGUCUGCUGGGCUCUAUGUUCCCCAUGCCUCGGGUGAUCUGGGCUAUGGCUGAGGACGGCCUGCUCUUCAAGGGUCUGGCCCAGAUCAGCGGCCGGACCAAAACACCCCUCAUCGCCACCCUAGCUUCCGGCAUCGUGGCAGCUGUGAUGGCCUUCCUGUUUGACCUGAAGGAUCUGGUGGACCUGAUGUCCAUAGGAACCCUGCUGGCCUACACACUGGUGGCGGCCUGCGUGCUGGUGCUCAGGUAUCAACCGGAGCAGCCCAGCCGGGCCUACGAGGCGACCAACACCCAGGACGACAUGGACGGGCUGGACCCGCAGGGCGAGGUGAGCGAGGGCUUCCUCCCGCGGACGGAGGAGCGCUUCACGCUGAGGAACCUCCUGUUCCCCGCCAACACCGAGCCCACCGCGCUGUCCGGCUUCACCGUCAACGUCUGCACCAGCGCCCUCGGUGUUCUGGUGUUAGUCUUCUGUGUUAUUGCCGUGCAUGGAGGUUUCGCCAGCUGGUCUCUGUCGCUGCUGGGCAUAAUCUUCUUGCUGUGUCUCACCAUCACCCUGAUAGUGUGGAAGCAGGCACAGAGCAAGACCAAGCUAGCUUUUAAGGUUCCAUUCCUACCCUUCAUCCCAGUGGCCAGCAUGUUUAUUAACAUCUAUCUGAUGAUGCAGCUCGACAAGGGAACCUGGCUUCGCUUCUCCAUCUGGAUGGUCUUAGGGUUCGUCAUCUACUUCAGCUACGGGAUACGCAACAGUGCGGAGGCCGUGUUGACGAGAGCUAGCGGGGCCGGCUACAAACCGGCGUGCUCGCUCAGCGAACACCCCGUGUCCUUCGAGAAGGAGAUGUUCCUCAACAACCGACCCCAUGCCCCCGAAGAUGACGACGACGAAGAAGAUUCAUGAUUCUCAAGGUUUUGUUAAUUGGCCUAGAAGUUGUGUUGCUAACAUGGAAUUAGCAUGGAUCAUGGAAAAGUUAAUUAACACCUGACCUAUUCAGAAGCACUAAUUUAAACAUUGGCAAAGCAUUGAAAUCGGUACUUUGUGCACUACUAUGGCCCUCCUGAUCAGUACAAAAAUGCUUGAACAUAUGCCUUUUUAUUACUAAAAAUAACUAAAUGGUUUGGUCGAUUAGAAAUUAAUUAGCAGUUUGCUAAAAAAUGUAUUCACAGACACUCUUUUCUCUGGAGUGCCUUUUACAUGCAAACGGAACAAGCCUGUAAGGGGCACAUUCAACUCUCCCACCGUCCUGUGUGUGGGCUCCGAAUUCACCAACCUUAAAUCCCAAAGUUUGUUUAUAUCUACAAAGUCGUUCAAACGUUCAAACAGGGUGCCCGCAAGGACCACAUGACACCCGCAGGCCUGUUCUAAACAUAGCACAACUCAUUCUUGAACAACUCUUUCCCACCUUUUUUAAGUCAUUGUUGAUAAUUAUUGGGAGAAAUCAGUAACAUGAUCAGUGUCUUCACAUAGAUGAGUAUCAUUAAUAAUAAUAUAUAACUAAAGGCAAACUGAGCGAAUUUGUUAUUUCAGAAGAGUGUAUAGAACUGGGUGCCCUUCGUAUGACUCAGUAGGCUACCCGUGAAGUAGCUCUCAGGUUCAAAAAGGUUGGUGACCCCUGGUUUAGUAUCUCACGCUUGUCAGCCGCCAGGGGUUCAUCAGGGUGCUUGUGUGUUUGUUCCUCCGAGGUCGGUUUCUGGAACUGGGUCUCUCCCAGGUGGCGUCGUAAAAAAACAACUGCCUCCCGGAAGAAUUGUGACUCGGAAGACAGCUGGCGUCCAUUUUUAAACCCAGUCAGCUGAUCAUGAGAUGAGUUUAACGAAGCCAUGCAUGUCCAUCGGGCUCCACAUGUCGUAUUAAAAGAACAUGCUCAACCGCAGGACACGGAACACAAUACAAAUUUGGCUAAAGAAAAACCUUUCUGAUGACCAUUCAGUCGGCUGGAACCAUUUUUAUAUUCCGGUUCUAGUAUGUUUUACUAUUUAGUCAGUUAACAGACCCUUUGAUGCAAAAGGAAUAGCACAAGUUUUGGUGGAUAUCCAUCAUGAGUUCUCUGCAACUGCCCUGUCAUUUACCUGAAUGUAUUGCUUGCACUGUAUAUACAGUACGUUGUACCGAGCCGUAACUGGAUCAUGUUACUGAAUGAGAAGAUGUCAGCGAGAAGGUACUGUACAUUGAAAGCGCACACGCCACUGGAAUCGGUCAUUGUUGGGAAUCUCUGAGUAGUCCAACACAGGACUUUGUUCAGUUGGCGUCAGAACCGGCUCAUAUAUUAUUAUUAAAUACUAAGCAUCAAAUGCACUAUGAUUCUAUCCCCGGGUUUCGCCUAUUGAUCCGUGCCAAACGACGGUUGAUAUUAGAUCGGGGCAUUUUCUGUGUUCUCUGUUGAUGAGCCAAAGGUGUUUGGACUACUUGGAUUUAUUUGAAACUACAAACAGAGGUGGUUUUUCAAAUCAGAGUUAAGAGUUAAUAAGUACCCUCAGUGGGUAUUAUAAAUGAAUGCAAUCAAGUGUCGCCCUACAUGUAAUUGUAACCAUUAUUUCAGAAAUGCUGUAUAUAUUGUACAUUUAAAAUGCUUUUAUUUGAAUUCUUGCAGUUUGAGUCGAAAAAUUGGGAUAUAUAAGAAAUGCGUUGGCCGUUUUUCUUGCUAUUUAUGUUUUCCUUUCAUUAUGCCUGUUUCUUUUGAACACAAAAAGGGCUGCUCAUUCAUAGCUAGAAAUAAUGGCUCAUGGAUAAAUAGGCUAUUUAUAAGCUUAUCGGUACACUAACCCAAAAAUGGUUCUAGUCGAUAUGUCAUUCAGGUGCUUUUAUCAGUCUAAUUUGUUGUGUUUACUAUGGGGCUGUUAAACAACACUUUUUUCCAGUGUAGUUUAUCUAGUGGUGUUAUUGAAUGUAUAAAGAUACCAUAAAAGAUACUGUAAUGAUUUUUUAAACAUCUGGGAGAAGUUUUCUCUGAUGUUUCAGGGAAACAUUCAGUAAAUGCAUCUUCACGUCAAAUGUACACCCAAAAAACUGCAUCAACAGGAUGGUUGUUCAUUUUAUAUCUGUUACAAGUUUCAAAUCGUUUAUCAGACUAACUGACAUACUGACAUUGUUUUCAUAUUACGACAGAUCUUAUUUCAUCCGUCCAUUGUUGUUGAAUUCUGUAUCAUCCUUUCAAGCUUUCUGGUUACGAUGUCUGUAAAUAAAUGUUAACAUUUUAAAA